AUGGGUCAUGUUAUAAAAGGGCAAUUAAAGGAUUAUUGGAGCCAAGAUCCACUGUUGUACACUCCAAUAUACGGCGAAAGUCUAUCUCGAAAUAGAUAUCUUCAAAUUUUACGAUAUCUUCACUUUUCUAAUAAUGAAGAAGUUUCCAAUCAUCCUUUGAAAAAAAUCAAACCAGUGAUAGAUCAUUUGAAAGAAAAGUUUGCGGACUGCGAAACAGGAUUUCUCUUAGAUUUUAUAGUAUAUACUGGCUCAGACACUGAUUAUGAGAAAUUUGAUUUAGGCGUUUCUGGUGAUAUUGUUGCACAUUUCAUGCAACCUUAUUGUAACGAAGAGCGUGUGUUAUACACUGAUAAUUGGUAUACAUCUCCACAACUGUCAGACUACUUACAUGACAGAAAUACUGGUCUUUGUGGAACUGUAAAAAAAAAUCGUAAAGGAAUGCCAACUCUCAGUUCAAAGCUAGAUCGUGGUGAAACAGAAGUUGCCCACCGAUUCUUGGAUGGUAAUCAAAUGGAUGGAUAA